AUGAAGCCUGAUAUCCUACCUUUUGUACAGGAUAUCGCGCUACUAAGUUCAACCGGCGAGAUAUCGCGAGUCCGUGGCUUGUUUGACGAUGGCGCACGCAUAAGCAUUCUGGCGACAUCCGUUUUCGAGAAGAUCAAGCACCGACUCAACAAUUGGACAGUGUCGAACCGAGCAUUGCGCGUUGCCAACAGCACAGUUGUUCCUUCGCAAGCUCAUUGGCAAGGCACCAUCAAGAUUGGUGGUGUACGCACGACUGGCGAGUUCGAAGUGUUGGACAGCCAAGGAUCAUGGAGUUUCCUGGUUGGAAAACCCCUGCUAAGUGCUUUCGACGCAAUUCACACAUACGGACCUGACAUCGUACAGCUCACAGGAAACGAUGGCCGCUCGGUGCUCCUGCACAACAAGCUCACGUCUACUCACGAUCAUGUCUAUAGGUCCUCAUCUGUGCUAUUGUUGGAUUGGAAAGAUACCGAGUCUCCGGUGAUGGCUCAAGGCCCUCUCACCGGCGAUGGAACACCCGAUGUUUCUACUCUCUUGGACGAUAACCCUGUACAGCCCUGUCCCAUACAGUCCGAUCCCGAACCUCGCACACCCGAUGUGAUGGCUGACGGCCCUCCCACAUCGGGCGAAUCAACCGAGCACCCACAUACCCCGGGUUCAGCACCCUUGUACGAUAUCCACUCAGUGGGCGAGGCUGGUAUCUUCACGCGCCUCACAGAACCGUUUAAACCCAAACACGUUGCUGCGGUCCAAAACGCGGUGACCAUCGGUGACGAUUUGACCGCCGAGCAACGCAACAAGUUCCUUGGCGUUAUCGCCGAAUACGCCGACUGCUUCGUACUGAACGUGAGCGAAGUCAUGCCUGCUGUUGAUGCUGUGCACCGUCUCGAUAUUCCUGAAGGCGCGCGGUUCAACACGAAACCGCGGCAGCGCUCGUUUCCAAUGCCGCAACGCCAAUAUCUCGGGAGAACCGUCGAUGACCUGCUCAAAGCCGACGUCAUUGAGUUCAUUGAACCCUCGCGGGUUAAAUGUGUAUCCCCCGUGACGCUUGCCCAGAAGGCUCACAGUGGUGUUGGCAUGUUGGUCGAGCAACUGAAGUACGAGGUUAAUAAGCAGUGCGCAGAGAACAACCUGGCACCUUUCUUUGACGACCGUGGUAACUUCCCACCUCCUGAUCCUAUGUCUGCACAAGUGAAGGAACAGGAGAAGAAGUGGCGAAUGUGCAUCAAUUACGACGAGCUGAACAAGGUCACCCACAUCCCACCGAUGCCCCCUGGUGACCCACGAAGCAUGCAACAGCAACUGAGUGGGCAUCGCUAUGUUAGCACAUGGGACUUUGCAUCCGGUUUCUAUGCGGUCGAAGUCGCCGAAGAAUCGCGCCCGUACACAGCAUUCUAUGUUGAAGGCCACGGAUUCUUCUGGUUCAAACGGAUGCCAUUCGGUUUGACCGGCGCUCCAACGACGUUCGCAUAUGUGACGUUCAAGCACAUGCAUGACCUCAUCACGGACGGGACCAUGAAGCUGUUUGUCGACGACGGCGGAGCCGCGGAGGACACCUUCGAUGGCAUGUUAGAUAAGAUCAUCCGCGUUCUAAAAUGGGUCAGAGAAAAGCGCUUAUCUCUUUCAGCUGUCAAAUGCUCGUUCUUCAUGCGCAAUUCUCUGUUUGGCGGCGCACGUGUUGGCUUUGAUGGCGUCCUCCCCGACCUGAACGAACUGACCGCAAUUGUCAACUGGCCGCGACCGGUUACUGCAGCCAACCUCGCAACAUUCCUCGGCCUUGCGGGACACUUCCGGGAUCUCAUCAAAGACUACGCUCGCAUUGAGGGUCCGCUGCAUGACCUACUCGCCCUCGUCAAGAUACCGACGUCUUGCUCCAAAUCGGCCUACCAACGCAUCAUGCAGAGCUUCGUCCUUGCACCGCAUUGGAAAGAUGUGCACACACGUACAUUUAUCCAAUUGAAGGGCAUCUUAACCUCCGAACCCGUCCUUCGGGCGCCUCGUUGGGACGGAACCCCUUUCAUUGUCACGACCGACGGAUCUAAGGAUGGUUUCGCCGGUGUUCUAACUCAACGCCAGGUGACCGUUUUGCCAAACGGCAAAUCCGUGACGCGAACGCACCCCAUUGCGUUUGCAUCGAAACGAACGUCCAAAUCCGAAGCGAAGUACCCACCUUUCCUCCUAGAGCUCGCCGCAUUGAAGAUGUCUCUAGACAAAUUCUCUGACAUCAUCUGGGGCUUUGCCAUUGAGGUCGAGACUGACUGCCAGGCCCUCCGCGACGUUCUGCAUAGCACCAAGCUUAAUGCGCACUAUGCCCGUUGGCGUGACGGCGUGUUGUCCCAUCAAAUCGUCGCCGUUCGCCACAUACCAGGCCGAACCAAUGUUGUUGCAGAUGGCAUAAGCCGCCAAUUUGACGGUAUACCUCGGCAGGACGGCGAUGGCAGCGAAUGGGAGGUGUGCGAAGACUGGGAGGCAGUAACCGGGCUCAUGCACGAUAUUUUUGGUGUGUCCCCGCUUGAUCGUGUUCUACCCAUUCGCGAACCCGGCCUAUGCGAGCGAUUCAAGAAUGAACCCCUCUUCCUCGACGUGAUUGACGCACUUUUGGAUCAACAGCAAGUGUCACAGACCACUCUCCGCAACAAAGCGCGGGCUUGCCAUUGUGCCUCAGAGUACUUGAUCGAAGACGGCAAACUCUGGCGCCUUCGCGGCGGUAAUGCGGUACGCGCGCGAGCGCGUGUCGAAUGUGUAUCUCGUGCAGAGGCAAACGACUUAGCUGUACUGCAACACGCUUCGGGCGGCCACUGGGGCCGCGACUCCAUCAAGACCGCGUUGUAUGACUGCAUAGCUUGCCCAAAGCUCGAUGCCAUCAUCCUGGACGCCAUACGAGCAUGUCCACAGUGCAAGGCCUUCGGGCCAACACACCUCAAUGCUCUACUGGAACCUGUCAUACGACGCCGCCCUUUCGAACUUCUGGUUGGCGACUACCUCUCCCUGCCCGUAGGAAAGGGUGGAUACAAAACGUUAGGUGUUUACGUCGACGUCUUUUCCCAACACGUCUACGUUGAUCGUUUCAAGGUUGCCGGUAGUGCUGCAACUACCAACAAGUCCCUCGAACGAAUCUUCAACACAUACGUGGCAUACAAUACCUUCAUGACCGAUGGAGGGAAGCACUUCAACAACGACGAGGUCCGUGCAUUCUGCGAGGAACGCGGCUGCAAGACUCAGGUCGUGGCUGCCUAUUCGCCAUGGAUCAACGGACUGUGCGAAGGCACGAACAAGCUUCUUCUACAUGUACUACGGCACAUCUGCGCUCCGAAACUAGGCGAGGACGACUACGUAUCAGGCUCGUGGGACAACCUGCCGAAAGACUGGCCCAAUCGGUUGGACGAAGCCGUGCUCAUGCUGAACAACCGGAUCCUACCCCGCCUCGGCUUCACGCCACGCGAGCUGUUGCUCGGCAUCGUUGUCAACUCUCCCCCAGCACCACUGUCGUCGACUACUCAGGAGCCCUCCGAUUCCGACAUCGCACUACAGCAGGACUACGUCGAGCAACAGCUCCUCGACGCCAACGACAACACGGUGCUCAACGCGUGGCGGCGCAAGUCGGCCUUCGACCGACGGGUACAACGAGAAGGUGGUGAGAUUAUUUUCACUGUUGGACAAUUGGUUCAGUAUUGUUGCAGUGAUCUCGAAUACACCCUACACACGAAGCGCAAACUACUUGCCUUUUGGUCCGAACCACACCGUAUUCGCGAACGGAUCCGGAAUUCGUACAUCCUGGAGACGUGCGCGGGUGUCCCGCUCAAGGGCAAAUUCAGUGCGCGACGCUUGCGAGCAUUCACCCCACGCGAGGGCACGGCCCUAGCGGCUGCGCAAGCGACACACAUGCAGCGCAUACGGCAACCCCCGACAGCUACAUCCGAGGUCCCAGCAUCGUUGCUGGAUGGCGCUCACACCGAGCCCGUCGUCCCUUCAAAUGACGAGGACGAAGCCGAACCACAGGACGAGGGUGAUGAACGGGUGGACGAGGGCGACGAUGAGCCCGACGGGAUUGAGGCCGGUGUUGGAGAUGUCGAGGACGAAAUCAUUGAACCCCGGACGACAUGGGCAGGAAGGCUGCGGAAGCGUUCUGCUCGCACGUAG